UUUGCUCAUCCCUAAUUCCGCAGCUUUUAGUUUAACAACAAUGUCCAAAAUAUUUACGCCUACAAAUCAAAUCCGCCUCACAAAUGUUGCGAUUGUGAGGCUUAAAAAAGGCGGCAAACGUUUCGAGAUAGCCUGCUAUAAAAACAAAGUCCUUUCAUGGAGGAGCAACAGUGAAAAGGACAUCGAUGAAGUCCUGCAAACCCACACAGUGUUCACCAAUGUGUCCAAAGGACAGGCAGCCAAAAAGGAUGAGUUGCAGAAGGCCUUCAAUAAAACAGAUGAAACGGAGAUUUGCAAGGAGAUCUUAAGUAAAGGCGAACUCCAGGUCUCUGAAAAAGAGCGCCAAAGUUGCUUGGACACUCAGCUAAAUAGUAUUGUUAACUCCGUGGCUGCGUUGUGUGUAAAUCCUGAGACCCGUCGUCCAUACCCUGCCUCAAUCAUUGAGAAGUCUCUAAAGGAUGCCCACUUCUCUGUUAAGAUGAACAGAAACACCAAGCAAAAUACUUUGGAGGCUAUCAAAAUGCUUAGAGAGCAUCUGCCCAUCGAGAGAUCCCGCAUGAAGCUGCGGGUUAGCUUUGCAGGAAAGGAAGGCGGUGGCAAGCUUAAGGAGUCUGUUGUCAAGUUGGCCAACAAGGUGGAGCACGAAGAAUGGGACGAGGCCACUUUGCAUCUUACAUUGCUCAUAGAUCCUGGCCAAUAUCGUGUCAUUGAUGAGCUGGUAAGAAACGAAACAAAGGGAAAGGGACUUCUGGAGCUGCUCGAACUUAAGGAAGUUGUGGAGAGCGAGGAAGUCUUCUAGAAAAGGGAACUUCCCUAAAAAUCUUCUGUUGUUCCUUGUAGAUUUGUUAAUAUUUGUGUGAAAUUGUGAAUAUGAGAAAAUUAUAACAAUCCCAAAUUUUUGAACCAUA